AAUCUAGAUAACUAAACGAAACAAAGUACACAGUUUAACUGUGCAAGCGAGGGAGUCUGCGCAAGAGCGCGCUUCUGCACAAGCACGAGCGUGCAGUGGCCGUGGGUCAGUCGACUUCACCGAACCGUCGCGGCGCAGUCAGAGACAUUUCCGCCCUCAAGAAAGAUGGCGGCUCCCUUGAUGGAGAAAUUGUCGGAGUCGUUAGGUUCCCCGGAGCCAGCCGUUCGACUCAUUUUAUCCAUUUUAGUCGGUUAUCCCUGUGCUCUGUUCUACAGACGCGUUUUGUUCCACCAGUCUUCCACAGUUAUACAUUUAUUCCACACCUUCUCUGGACUGGCUCUAGCAGCAUUCAACUUUGCAGGCCCUCAGCUUUAUCACUCCGCAGUAUGCGUCCUUGUCCAGUUCCUGAUGCUGAGGCUCAUGGGAAGGACAGUAACAGCUGUCCUGAGCAGCUUUACCUUCCAAAUGCUAUACCUGCUGGCAGGGUAUUACUUCACUGCAACAGAGGAGUAUGACAUCAAGUGGACGAUGCCUCAUUGUGUACUCAUGCUUAAACUUGUGGGUUUGUCGUUUGAUUUCUAUGACGGCGGGAAGGAACCAUCCCAGUUGAGUGCAGAUCAGAAGAAAGCAGCCCUGCCGUCUGUACCAUCUCUGCUUGAGGUCUUCGGCUUCUCCUACUUCUAUGGAGGCUUUUUGGUGGGGCCCCAGUUUACACUACGAAGCUACCAGAUGCUGGUGGCAGGGGAACUCACCGACUGCCCCGGAAAGCCUCCAAACAGUGUUAUACCUGCUAUGAAGAGGUUUGCUCUGGGUUUUUUCUUCCUGGUCAUAUAUGCAAUAUUUGGCCCUCAUUACCCAGACAGCUACUACUUAACAGAUGAGUAUGAGGCUCAGCCAUUCUGGUAUCGCUGUGUGUUUAUUCUGCUUUGGGCUAAAGUCAAUUUGUAUAAAUAUGUCAGCUGCUGGGUCAUAGCAGAGGGCGUGUGUAUACUCUCUGGCAUGGGCUACAACGGUGUUGUAGAUGGACGGCACCAGUGGGACGCGUGUGCCAAUAUGAAGGUGUGGCUCUUUGAAACCACGCCGCUCUUUGGAGGAACCAUUGCUUCUUUCAACAUCAACACAAACGCCUGGGCUGCCAGACAUGUCUUCAAGCGGUUGAAAUUCCUUGGCAACAAGACUCUGUCUCAUGUGGCCACACUGUUGUUUCUGACGAUAUGGCACGGCCUUCACUCUGGUUACAUCUUGUGCUUCUCCAUGGAAUUCUUUAUCAUCACUGUAGAGAGACAGGCCCUCGCACUGGUGCGGGACAGUCCCUUGUUGACGAAGCUGGCCAACAGCCCACUCUACCCUCUCAUCUAUGUAAUCCAGCAGUUUAUACACUGGCUCUUCAUGGGCUACCCCCUAGUGCCAUUCUGCCUCUUCACCUAUGACAAAUGGCUCAAGGUGUAUUCGUCUGUGUAUUUCUGUGGUCAUGCAUUCUUCCUCGUAGCCUAUUUAAUCAUGCCAUACCUCCGUAAGGCGCUGGUGCCUAAGAAAGAACGGAGCCCGAAAAAACAGGAGUAAACCUGGGUACUAAGACUUGGCAUGGUCUGUCUAAGGCUAAAUAUCCACUGAAGGGAACUGUGACUUUCAAGGAGAAGAACGGAAAAUAUUAUAAGGCCUUUAGUAAUAUAUAAAUAUAUGUUCAUGUAAAAAUAAAUUUCUAUAUAUUUUUGUGUUGUAAACGGGAAGGUGUUUUUAUAAACAUUCAGUGAAAUGUUUACAGGAAAUUACCAUCGUGCCACGUGGGGUAAGUGUGAGCCAAUCAGGGGUGAUUUCCUGUUUGUUGAAUCUUUUUUUUUGUGUUUCAUUUUGAAGACAUGUGAGCCGUGUACAACUUGAGACUUACAUGCUGUCGACACACAAUUGCACUCACUGUACAUGGGUUCAGAGUCGGUCGCUGACUCUGUGUUUUUCGUUUCAUUUCUGUCUCACCUGAGCACCUGGUUUCAGCAGCGCCCUCUGCAGGAAGCUGAAGCACGGUGCCGGCGCGUGGCGUUUUCUGUUUUAACACAUCAUGCAUACGGCUUUCUGCACAUGAAAAUAAUAAUAAUGAGGGGGUAUUCUUGGAAAUGGCUGCCAGUGGUUACACAAGCACUGUAAAUCACACACUGUACAUUAACACCGACUCAAAAUGGCCUUGUAUUAUUGAAUGUUUUUACAGUACAUUUGUCCUGGUUUUAAUUUGAUUUGUGAUUGGAAAAAAAAGAAGAUUUUAUAGAGUUUUAACAGCUUUUAUGAUAAAAGAAAAACAUUUUGUAGCUUUGGAUAAGAUUUUUGUGAAUGGAUAUGCAUUGCUCCCUGCCUUUCCCACAUUUGAUGGUUUAGUUGUUUUUCUUGCCAUACGUGUUCUCCCUCUGCUCGGUGUCAGCCACUCCUGUCUGUCUGUCUGUCUGUUGAGACAACUCUGAAAUGCACAAAUGUCAAAGGUCAUAAUUCCAUAGACUCUUGCUCACAACCUAACAACUCUGUCACUACAGUUAAUUCUUCAGACCGUCACUUGGUCAGUUGGUUUGUUUUAAUCUUGAACUGGAAGCAAAACGAACAAAGGAAAUAGAACAAAAGGGGAGAAAAUCCACUUUUGUGUUUGAUUUCACAGUUUCACCUGUUCUAUAAUUUAAAAUAAUCAAAAGUAGAAGCAUCCCAUUCCAAUGACUCCAUAUUUUAUUUCAUCUUUAUUGAGUGGGUGGGCUGGAUUUUUCAGUGAUGUGCUGAAGGACCCACUCAGACAGGAUGAAUCCCCCCCCCCCCCCCGUAGCAACGAUCCAGAUUUUAAUAAUAUUUAUACAUGACAUGGGGAUGAUUAUUAAUUAAUGUGAAAUGCUCUUUCAAGAGACUACUUUUUGCCUUAUUCCUACCAAAUGUACAAAGGAAAAGAAAAUCUGAAAAUAAUGAAUGGGGGUUGAUUUUUUUUCCCAAUACGCUUUUAUAAAUUCAUUAAAAUGCUGCAUUUCAAGCAGGA